AUGACCUCCAACGGCAAGCUGCGUAUUUUGCUUAUCGGCAAUGGUGGACGCGAACAUGCGUUGGCUUGGAAAUUGAGCCAGUCGCCUAUGGUCGAGUCCAUCUACGCCGUGCCCGGGAACGGAGGCACUGCGACUUGUCCCAAGGUUACCAACGUUACCGAUGUCGCCGCCGACGACUAUCCCACUCUCGUUAAAUUCGCUCAGUCCAAACUAGUCGGUCUUGUUGUUCCUGGCCCUGAAGCCCCUCUCGUGGAUGGAGUCGAGGCCUACUUCCGUGCCGCUGCCAUUCCUUGCUUCGGACCUUCCAAGGAGGCAGCCCAGAUGGAGGGCAGCAAGACCUUUUCUAAGGACUUCAUGAAGAGGCACAACAUCCCGACCGCGGCUUACGAGAAUUUCUCCAAUUACGAAGAGGCCGUUGCCUACCUCGACCGCAUAUCACAUGACGUUGUCAUCAAGGCGACUGGCUUGGCUGCCGGCAAGGGUGUGAUCAUUCCUACAACCAAAGCAGAGGCCCAGCAGGCUCUCAAGGAAAUUAUGGUGGACAAGGCUUUUGGAAAUGCUGGAGACGAGGUUGUCAUCGAAGAAUUCCUGACAGGCGAUGAGUUGAGCAUUCUUACCUUUAGCGACGGCAACCACACAUUGUCUCUGCCUCCCGCUCAGGAUCACAAGAGGAUCGGGGAUGGAGACCAAGGACCCAACACUGGUGGAAUGGGCUGCUAUGCUCCGACCACCAUCGCUACCAAGGAGCUUAUACGCCAAAUUGAGGAUGAAGUUAUCGAGCCAACGAUAAUUGGCAUGCGCAAGGAGGGUUACCCUUUCAGAGGUGUCCUUUUCACCGGUCUAAUGAUCACUCCGAAGGGCCCGAAGGUUCUCGAGUACAACGUUAGAUUCGGCGACCCGGAGACGCAGACCGUGCUUCCGUUGUUGUCUGAGGACACUGACCUGGCCGAAAUCAUGCUGGCUUGCACGGCUCACGAGGCUCGCCUCGACUGUGUGAGCGUGAAGGUCGAGCAAAAGUUCAGCGCCACCGUCGUCGUGGCAGCAGGCGGCUACCCAGGAUUUUAUGCUAAGGGAACCCCGAUGGUAGUCAACUCGCCAACAUCACCUGACAUCACCGUCUUUCAUGCAGGAACCAAGCUAUCUUCCGAGGGCCAGUUGCAAACUUCAGGAGGCCGUGUCAUAGCGGUCAAUGCCACCGCCGACUCUCUGGAGGCCGCCGUCAAGAAGGCGUAUGAGCAGGGAAUACCGCUCAUCAAUUUCGACAAGAUGUACUGCCGCAAGGACAUCGCCCACCGUGCGUUUCGAUCUCAGCAACAGAGAGAGGCUCUGACCUACGCCGGUGCCGGCGUCAGUGUUGACGCUGGCAACGAAUUCGUUGAACGCAUCAAGAAGGCAGUUCGAGCCACCAAGCAGCCGGGCGCAGAUGCCGAGAUUGGCGGGUUCGGUGGUGAGCUGGACCUGGCAAAGUGCGGUCUUCAGCUCGAUGAGGGCCAGUUGCCUGUCCUAGUUGGCGCCAUUGACGGCGUUGGUACCAAGCUCAUGAUUGCACAAAGCAUGGGCAAGCACGACACUGUGGGUAUCGACUUGGUGGCUAUGAACGUGAACGAUCUUGUAGUUCAAGGGGCCCGACCCUUGAUGUUCCUCGACUACUACGGCUGCAGCAGGCUUGAUCUGAGCACUGCGGCCUCGUUCGUGGAGGGCGUGGCUGCUGGCUGCAUCGACGCUGGAUGCACGCUCGUUGGGGGCGAAACGGCGGAAAUGCCCGGUAUGUACCAAAAGGAUGACUAUGACGCCGCAGGUUGCGCAGUCGGUGUCAUGGUCAACAGUCAGAGGCUUCCUCGCAAGGAUGAGAUGGCCGCAGGUGAUAUCCUGCUUGGCUUGGCCUCAAGCGGCGUCCACUCGAACGGAUUCUCACUGGUCCGCCGUAUCUUGGAGAGGGAGGCCGUUGCCUACACAGACGAGGCCCCUUGGGAUGCAGGUAAGACUGUAGGCGACAGUCUUUUGACCCCCACCAAGAUCUACGUCAAGAGCCUCCGUGGCGUCAUUGAAGGUCGUCUCGUCAAGGGUCUCGCUCACAUUACGGGUGGGGGGCUGAUUGAUAACGUACCUCGCAUGCUGCCGGACCACCUCGGUGCCGAGAUUGAUUUGGCGACUUGGAAAAUGCCCGCCGUCUUUAAUUGGCUGAAGACGAGCGGCAACGUUGAGCCGUACCAAAUGGUCCGCACCUUCAACACGGGUGUAGGAAUGGUUGCGGCGGUGGACCCUGCUCUCGAGAAAGAAGCUGUGGAGUCACUGGAAGCUGCGGGAGAGAAGGUCCUUCGCCUAGGCCGGCUUGUACAGCGCUCAGCCGAUGAGCCGCAUUGCAAGGUGCUCAACUUGGAUUCAUGGGCAUAA